UAUAAUGAUCUCAUGAUUGAAUUAUGUCGGAAGCAACUGGAGAGAACAGGGAAAAAACCUUCCGGUAAAGAGGCCCCGUUAGAAGAUAUGCAUUCGUUACAACAACGCUUAGCAGAGAUUGAGAGACAGAUGAAAAAGGUUGAAAGCCAGAUACAUGUGGAUACCAAUACCCCACCAGUAACCUUCUCUUCUUCUGUAACAACGAGAAAAGCGCCUACGCCAGCGGAGAUCGUGCGGCAUCAAAGAGAAGCAUUGGUGGAGUUGGAACAACAAGUUGCACAACGUGUCAACCCCGCGGCAAAACAGCCCAUCAGUACCGUUUCCUCGUCAACAGCAGACUCGGAUAAUAAAUCUGUUGCAUGCACUGACCCAAUGAAUCUCUUCCGUGGACUUCUGAUGUCAAAUAGUGGAGACUCACUUAACACAUCCAAACCAAAUGCUCCUGCUGCCAAUAAGACAGCCUCAAGCACAGAUUCGACACUAUUUGCACAAUCAAGUCGAGACCCAUUCAAUAAUCCCCUUUUCAAGAUGGAGCAGAUGGCUCGUCAUCCCGGAGGCGUCGGUGUUUGCUUAGGAUGUUUGGAUGAUGACAGUCAAGAUCGCGCUUUGCUCACGCUCACAAAACUCUCUGAACAAUGGAAUGCUGAGACCGACUCUGAUAGCGACGAUUGA